AUGAUACGAACAACGCAGAUGGCCGUUGCUCAAGCGAUUGUAGUGAACAGACUGGGUCGAGGUUGGCGUUAUUUUGGACGAAAACAACCGACACGGCGAAAAGAGUUUGUUUCUCAGCCGGGGUCCGACCUUUUUUAUGAGGCUCAGGUGGAAAUACUGAAGUUAUUUGAGGAUUGUCCGUCUGCACCUCUUGGAAUUCAUCGGCUACUCGAACUUUUGAACGCUGAAGAGUCUGCUGAGCAUUCUAUCGGACGGUGGUUUUCUCCUUGCGAAGUCAUCUCAUUAGUAAAGAGAGCGUUGAAACGGUCUGCUUCCCCUUUGACCAGUGAUCUUGCUUUACUGUUAGCCGUCGAUGGAUUGGUUAUAAUAGGUGAAGCUGAGCGUGAGUGUCGCCAUUGGUCAAAGCGCCUGCUGGCAUUCGUCCCUCUCCGUCUAGGCGGUAACAGUGUAAAUCCGGUGUACAUAAACCAUGUUCGUCAGAUGUUGUCGCUCAAAACGUGUCUAGGAAUCCUGGGUGGCAAGCCAGAUCACUCACUUUACUUCAUAGGAUACUACGGACAAAAUGUGAUUUACUUGGAUCCUCACGUGGCACAUGAAUAUGUUCCAAUUUCGAGCUGGGACGACUUGUCAAUACCAACGGAGCCUGUUGAUGGAGAAAAGGUUGGCAAUCACGGUUUUGUUUCUGGUAAAAAGCGUCGGAAACAUCCAAUUGGCACCUAUCACAGUCGUUCCUUUUCCAAGCUGCCCAUCCAAGACAUGGAUCCGAGUUGUGUUGUUGGGUUCAUGUUCAGGACUCGAGAGGAAAUGGACGAGUCGUUUCGCGUUCUCAAUCUCAACCAAGUUGUGGACGUGGAUUUGGGUCCCGGUGAAGGAUCGAAACGUACCAAAGAUCCGUUAUUCACUGUGCAGUACCAAGAAGCAUCAACGAAUGAUUCAUUACGUGAGACAACCGACGACGAGAAGCAACAAGCCCUCGAACAUGGCUUUGAAUUGCUCUAG